UCUAUAACAGUCUUGAGUGGAUGUCUGUGGGAAAUGGUCCAAUGCCUGCAGAGCAGCAGAGAGGCGCUGUGAGAAGAAAAACGAGGGGAAAUCGAGGUGGAUGUGGCUCAUCGCUUCAGGAAGUUGUUGGAAAUUAUGAAAUGACAUCAUCACCGUUUUGUAUGGCUUUGUUUGGAUUGCUCCCCCCUGACCACGCCUUCCUGCCUGCUCGCUCAUAAAUCCGCCGGCCUGUGUGUGUGUGUGCACCAGUUGAACUCUCCAGCUUCAGCGCGGACAACAGGUGCACUGCUGGAUAAUGCGCCGCUCGUCGCUCAACGCAGGGCUUCCUCUUCUGCACUUUUUUAUAUCCUGAUUCAUUCCAACCAUUAAAAUGCCUUUUCCGCCCAUCAGCCUCCACCAGCGGAUCUCGUCUCCCGGCAGGGAUCUAUUCGGGAAAAAGAAAGCCAACGCAGUGCCUCCUCAGUCUGAGCUCACCAGCAAAUCCGGCAGGGAGAAAGCAGUGUCCGAAAAGGAGAAGCAGUCUCUUUCUUGGACGUCUGCGAAUUUAAGGACUUUGGGGCGAAAAGCCCCGCAGCAGGAGAAGAAUAAAAGCCCCUCUCAGAAGGCAGGCUCCGGCCAGGAGACGCAGGGAAAAUGCUCCUGGCUGUCGGUGCCCAAACCUCAGGACUCGUCGGAAGGAGUCAGGCGCUCCAGCUCCAUGGACUCCGCCAGACAUCUCCACGGCAAAGAGGACGUGAAGAAGGAGAUCCAGUUCACCCUCAGCCUCACCCCGGAAGCCAUCCUCGUCAUCCAAAAGCGAAAUCUAGAAAAGCAGAUGAUGGCCAAGCAGCAGAAGUGUUGCGCCUCCACGGACUUUCGGCACAGGCGAGUUUUCCCUACCAAAAAGUCUCACGGAGGCUCCAAAGCUCCCGUGGCCAAAGUGGAGAGCGCGGAGCAGGACAUCACCGCCAUCGUUAAGAUAUCUCUCCUCAACGAUCAGUACAAGUACGACGAUGUGGAGUACGAAGAGGAGGACGGAGACGUGGACGAGACGGUCGUGAGGAAAUGCAAAGAGUGGCUGAAGGGAGUCGAAAACGCCGCAGCUUUGGGAAAAGUGGACAAACUUUCUGCGCUCCCGCACCUUAAAGGCUGCUGACACCAAAAAACACUCUUGAUCUUUUCAAACAGCAGACUGGAGACAUGAUGGACUCUUGGCAAAGUGUGCACCCGAUAAAGUCCUGCUGCAAAAGCAUCUGAAAUUAGAGGCUUGUAAAUUAAGCGUUUGCAUUGAAGGGGGGGAGGGGGGUCUCCAGAGGAAUGCCGAUUUGUCUCAGAAAUAAUGAUCUGAAAUAGAUGUCACUUUAAGAUAAAAACACUGAUUACAUUAAUUAAACAUAUGUGCGUAAAUUGCGUUCAGAUAAGAGGAAAUUUGACAUUAAACGAUUUUUUUGGACGCAUCCUGCAGGGCUUCUUGAGGUUCACACGGACUUUGCUUUGCGAGUGAAUGCCUCUCCGAUGUUUUUGUUGAAGUUAGAACUGAACACCUUAAUAUCUCGUCCUUUGCACAUGGUUUUUUGUUUUCAGUGCGGCGCCGCUGGAUUGGCUGGAGAGGUUUUGCGUAAAGGGACGUGAAACCCCGUUCCUUUGUGCAAUGGAGAACAAUAAGCUGUCUACCAACAUGGCUUUCUGCGCGUCUGCUGCUGGAACCAAACUGGACUGUUUAAAUGUUUCCUCUCAUCAGAGGGUUAUGUCCUUUGUAGGGAUUUGAUCAGUCAUUGUACAGUAUUUAAUAUUGACUAAAUAUUUGUACUGUCCAACUGUUUUCUCAGCUGAUGAUUUUAUGAAGUAAAAAGUGUUUUUUUCUAAAUUA